AUGCUCUUCGAGACCCUUUUAGAGCAGCAGAACCUCGCAUCUUCUUUAGAGUCGUCGACGAUCGAGGAAGCCAAGUCAAAUCGGCUUCGUGCUGCCAUCCAGAUCGCUCACUAUCUCCAAAUAUAUCGCGACCACUAUGAACUGUCACAAACACCAAGUUUGAUGUUUGGGCCCGCGAAGAGUAGUGCCCUCGCAUUACUUCCAUUCUUGGGUGACGAAUCAGCCUGCAACGCGUUCAAUGAGCUUUAUGACAUCCUCGCGGCCUUCAGUGCGAGGUUUCCGGCUGCCUAUGCGACGAAAUGCGAGAUCGAUGCUUUUUUCCGUGACUCGAACAUUUCGUUACCUUUCGAGCUUGCAGGUGCAGCCGACCGCCGAGACUCAGAGUGCUCGUAG